ACGAGAGCUCACCACGGCCCAUUGAAGAGCGCCAUUGAAGUCGACGCCAUCGUAUACACGCGCCGCCCAACAUGUCGCGCCCCCUCUCUCUCUUCAGCAUCCAGGCCAUCCUCGUCCUCGCAAUCGACGAUGGGUCCCGCAUCCUCACCAAGUACUACCAGAACCCGCACCCGCCCGCGGGUCAACACACGGAUUACCCCGGCCAGAUUGCGUACAAGACAGUGAAGGACCAGAAGGCGUUCGAGAAGGGACUGCUGGAGAAAACGGCCAAGCAGACAAGCGACAUUAUAUUGUACGACCACAAGGUCAUCGUCUUCAAGAUGGAGUCGGACGUGAUGCUCUACGUGGUUGGAAGCGCGGAAGAGAACGAGGUUCUGUUGUACAGCGUCGUCCUUGCUCUAAGGGACUCACUCAACAUCCUCCUGAAGAACUCUGUCGACAAGCGCACCGUCAUCGAGAACUACGAUCUUGUGUCGCUCGCCGUCGAUGAGCUCGUAGACGACGGAAUCAUCCUCGAAACGGACCCCGUCAUUGUCGCAUCGCGUGUCAGCAAGCCACCCGCACAGGAUAUGACGUCGAUGAAGAAUCUCGACCUCUCCGAGCAGGGCUUCUUGAACGCGUGGGAGUUUGGAAAGAGGCAGCUAGCAGAGAGGAUACGGCAAGGCCUAUAAUGGCGUUUGCAUCAGCGGGUACGGCGUUGUUGGAGUUUAUAUUUUCUGGGCAAAACGGGCAGCAGUUGGCAUACCCUCCGUGCACGCAUGAUAGAUUUGGGACGAGGAUGGCUAUGGUUGAAGACAUUUUUCGACUGCACAGACUCCAACCCAGUGCCGCUGUGAAUGCUGGUGAAAUAUUAUGUGAAAGCACUGUUGCUAAGCCUUGAGUUGAGGGAGCAUGUUCUAUGACCCUUGCAAUAAUGGAUGG